AUAAAUCAGUGACGUCUGGUAUUCAGCAGCUUUGUGUUUUAUUUCGCUCUGUGCUAAAACGACUGCUGCUCAUUAAAAAGAAAAAGAAAAAAAGAAGUGUGUCAGAAAGCCAUUCGCUCCCAUGCCGCAGUGUUAGUCACUUUAUUACCAUUAGCUGAUCACAAUAGAGGGAGUUUCACUCAGCUCAAAUACCUUCCGUCUCUCGCUCGAUUCACACUGAGAUACUCAGCCAUCGCUGUCAAACUCAUAUCUGUCGGCCAAAUCAUCAGAAAAAAUGAAUCCAGAACACACAGAGUCCGAAGAACCACCUGCUGUACAAGAGCUAAGGAUGGUGCUGAUUGGAAGAUGUGAAGCUGGAAAGAGCUCAAUAGGCAACGUAAUACUGGGUCGAGAGGCGUUUAAAGAAAGCACGACCACAGAGAGUGAGAUACAAAGAGGAAGAGUAGAAGACCGAAACAUCUCCAUCAUCGACACGCCAGGAUUCUUCAACACUCGCCUGACUGAUGAAGAGAUGAAGAAGCAGAUGAUGAAGAGUCUGUAUCUCUCUGAUCCCGGUCCUCACGUGUUCCUGCUCGUCAUCAGACUGGACAGAUUCAUAGAAGACGUGGUGAAGAUCGUAAAAAGGAUCUAUGAGCACUUUGGAAAAGACGCGUUCAGGUUCACCAUGGUGCUGUUCACGGGAAGAGAGGCGAUGUCCAAACGAGAAUGGAUAGAGUUCAGACUGGAGAGAAAAACGAGAGAACUCCUGAGCUUCUGUGAAGAGAAAUGUCACGUGAUCAUCCACAAAAACAAGAGAGACAGGAAGCAGAUCGCAAGCCUGUUGGAGAAUAUUGACGAAGUCGUGAGGAAGAACGGACGAGAACAUUAUUUUAAAGAUGUCUCUGUAAAGAACGGCCAAGAUGAGGUGAGGACGAAGGAAAAAGAUGGAAAAGAGGAGAACAAGCGAGAGGAACAAAUAACAAGUCAAGAGAAAACAAAGAACAUUGAAGAAAACAGAGCAGAGCCUCAGUUAAGAGAAGAAAAGAUAAGUCUUCAGAAGGACCAGCUAACUACAACUGAGAGUGAAAAAGGAUCUCCAGAAAGAAGUCUAAGUAACCAAAAACAUGAAACCUGUUUGACCAGGCAGGAGAAGAAAGAGACACCAGAAAAUAGUUUGUUAAAAGCAUCUGAUCUGAAGAUUGUUCUUCUGGGGAAAAGUGGAUCUGGAAAGAGCUCAACAGGAAACACCAUCCUGGGAAGAGAUGCGUUCAAAAUCGCUUCGAGCUGUCAGACCUGCGAGAAACACGACGCAGAUGUGUCUGGGAGAAACGUCUCGGUGAUCGACACUCCAGGGCUGCUUGAUCCAGCGAUGAUGAGGGACCGACUGCGGGCUGAAAUGCAGAAGUGCGUAGAGAUGACGGCUCCUGGUCCUCACGUGUUUCUGCUGAUACUCCGGCUGGACGAGAAAUUCACAGAAGAGGAGAAAAACACAGUGAGGUGGAUUCAGGAGAACGUCGGAGAAGAUGCUUUACAUCGCACCGUCAUCCUGUUCACUCACGCGGAUCAUCUGAAGGGAGAAUCGCUACAUGGGUAUAUCAGAGACUCUCCACAUCUACAGGCUUUUACUGAGAGCUUUGACGGCAGACUUCACUCGUUCGACAAUAAGAGCACGGAGGAUCGGUCUCAGGUCUCUGAGCUGCUGGAGAAGAUCGAGGAGGUGGUGGAGAGAAACGGAGGGAGGCACUACACCAGUGAGACAUUCGCUAAAAAUCAGGAAGAUAUCGAGAAAGGAGAGAAAGUCAAGGAAAACCCAUCAAAUUGGUUGAGAGGAGUGUUUGUUUUCUUCGUCGGAGCGCUAGCGGCUGCAGUGGUAGCUAAAAGUGGACUCGAAGGAUGAAGGACAGCAAAGCAAUAUGAACACAAACAUUUGGAAAACGCUUUGUUUUCAGUUCUACGGGAUCUAACAAUAACACCGGAUAAUUUGUACCGCAUCUAACUGGUAUUAUUAUUAUUCAUAUUAUUAUUAUUAUUAGGCUGGACCUAAAAUAUAUGUGCUUAUCAAAUAAAAUGAUGUUAAAAAGACAAAUGAU